GCGGCGACCUGAGGAGAACGGCGGCGGGGCGUGGGGAGGAGGAGGAAGAGGAGGAGGAGGAGCCGCGCCGCGCGCCCAGGAGCCGGGAGCCGAGCGGGAGAGCCGUGCCAUGGAGCCGCGGCUGUGAGGAGCCCCCGGCCCGGGCCCCGCCUGUGGGAAACCGGGCCGAGGCCGGAGCCGGAGGACAUGGACAAACUGACCAUCAUCUCAGGAUGCCUCUUUCUGGCCGCCGACAUCUUCGCUAUCGCCAGCCUGGCGAACCCGGACUGGAUCAACACCGGCGAGUCCGCGGGUGCUCUCACAGUUGGCCUUGUGCGACAGUGUCAAACCAUUCAUGGACGUGACAGGACCUGUAUUCCUCCGCGGUUGCCUCCUGAGUGGGUCACCACCUUGUUUUUCAUCAUCAUGGGGAUCAUUUCACUGACUGUCACGUGCGGCUUGCUGGUGGCUUCCCACUGGCGAAGAGAAGCGACUAAAUACGCACGCUGGAUAGCAUUCACUGGAAUGAUCCUGUUCUGCAUGGCAGCCCUCAUAUUCCCCAUAGGAUUUUACAUCAACGAAGUGGGAGGCCAACCUUAUAAACUUCCAAACAACACAGCGGUUGGGUCGUCCUACGUACUCUUUGUUUUAUCCAUUUUCUUUACAAUAGUGGGACUUCUAUUUGCCGGCAAAGUGUGUUUACCUGGCUGACGAAUGUCUAGAUCUUGCUUCACUCGGUCAUGAAGGAGAGUAGGGCGUCUGACGCAUUCUCGGGAGGAUGCCGGUGUCGGGCUGUGGCAGUCUUACCGGAACAAAGAGGUCUCUGUGUUCACACUAUGCACUUUGGAUUAUUUUAUUUUUUUUAAGCGGAGAGCCUUUCCCAUAACCAAAUACAGACAACCUUGAUUCAUCUCCUGAGCAGCUGGAUGCGGUCAGGUGUGCACUGUGAUAGGAACUAGUGUCGAAGAAGAAGAAGAAGAAGAAGAAGAAGAAGAGGAGAAAUUAUUUUCUACACUGAGCAGCAUUAUUGCGCCCCUCCUCCACCCUUUCGACAUCGCUGUACUGUACCCCGUUUUAAAUACCUGACAAUUUUGAAAGUCUCAAAAAUAUUUAUGAACCUUGGUGGACCAGAGGUUUGCCAAGGGACUUGACAGUGGGGCUGGGCCUCACUCUCUUUAGGAAAUAAGCAUCUUCCUUCUGUGAUAGGCAAGACGUGUUUGCCACCAAAAGAAAAGCAAAAAUACGGACCGAUCUCACACUAACUGCACCCUGAAGCCAACAGAUCAAAAGAUGUUCUCGGAAACCUGUUGCAACAAACCGUCCACCUUCCACCACCAUCACCACCACUCCUGGGAGCCGUAGAAACACCAAGGAACCAC